AACAGAUUCUUUACUACAAGCUGACAGGCUGUUGCUCUUGCACAAUCGCUGCUGAUGGACUCGGUGAGACGCGCGUGCUGUCCGAAGUCACAGUGCUGUUCAGUGUGACUCGUAGUGUGAUGGGGGAAAGGGAGUGAGCCAGUCGGCACUGCCAGGAGAGACCUGUUGGUGUCAUGGAGCGGAGCUCGGCUGUGGUGUGGACCUGCCUGCUGGGGGUCGGACUCACCCUGGCCUUGCCUCCAGGCUGCCCUUUUAACUCCUCCAAUGCUGACCCCCGACUCCCUCAGCUUAUUGGCUGUGUGUUCCAGCAUCGAGAUAACGUCACCUGCCGCUGGAAAGCUGGCAACACCCCAACGACAGACUACACUCUGCAAGUUCAUUUGAUGAUAGCAAACAAAAAACAACACACGUUCACAUGCACUACGUCUGACACCAGCUGCACGGCGAAGUUGGACGGCGCAACCGCGAUUUUCUGCUUUUGCAUCACCGUCACAGCACACGGUCAUAACCAGAACAUAACGUCACAUCCUCGGUGUCAGUCUGGUCGGACUCAAGUAAUGUUGUCUCCAGUGACGUUGAAGAGCAGCCAGUCAGUCAGUGGGAGACCUCGGUGUCUGGCUGUAACCUGGAGCUACAUCGUGUCUGACUUUCCUUUGGCUCCCUUUGAAAUCAAAGAUGGAGACCUGAAAUCGCAAAUGGAAUUCACAGCACAGGGAGAGUUCAAUGCUCAGGUGGAAACUGUUGAUGUGAGAAACAACAGCUUCUUGGUUUGUCUCUUCAGGCCUGACACUUUAUACACUGUCAGGCUUCGUCACCGCUACAUGGGCCCAGAGAGUCCCUGGAGCCCGUGGAGCAAUGCCUGCCAGGGAAGGACAGGAGAGGACGCUCCAUCUGCAGCACCAGCCUUCUGGAGGCGAGUGAAACAGACGACAGACGAAAAUGGUUGGAGGUUCAUCACACUGCUCUGGAAGCCCUUGCCUCAUUAUCUAUCCAAUGGCAGAGUCCUCUUCUUCAAUGUGAGUUGUCAAACAGAAAGCGCUCAGGUCCUAAUUGAUUAUGGAAGCUGCAAAGAUUUGCACCACAUGAAUACAUCCUGUAGCCUACUCUUGCCUGCUGGACGGUGGUCCUGUGCUUUGAAGGCUUCCAACUCCGCAGGGACCUCGCCAGAAGCCCGAAUAUGGCUCCGGGGAGCUUCUGAGACAGAGCCACCAGCCCCGAGGUCAAUGGCUGCAAAGCCACUGGGUGACAGUGGCUUGGAUGUUCGCUGGACAGCUCCAGUUAAUUGGUCAACGAGCGGCUUUGUGGUGGAGUGGUUUGCUUUCAAAGAGAGAAACAGUGGCAUCCUACACUGGGAAAGGCUGAAUAGUUCCUGUACAGCACUUGUCAUCACAGAGGGAAUAAAGCGAUUGGAGCGUUAUUCUGUUUCUGUCAGAGCGCUGUAUGGUCAACGAGGGGCAGGGCGGAACACAACGGUUCACAUGUAUACACGCCAAGGAGCACCCUCAGCUGGUCCUAAAGUGGUGGUGCAGCAGAUAUCUGGCAGCAGAGUGGAGCUGAUAUGGAGUCCUGUACCUGUGGAGCUGCUUCAUGGUUUCAUCCGCAAUUACACCAUCUACUACACAACAGUAAACCAACCAGCCAGGAGAGUAACAGUGCCUGGCCACACUCUCCGUUACUCUCUGGAGAAUCUGUCACCUGGUAACUACGACAUCUUCAUGAAGGCCAGCACUGAUGCUGGAGCCGGAGCAGCUGGGCCCAUCGCUAAUGUGCACAUAGGCUCUGAGGAAAUCUGGAUAGUGAUGUAUGCCAUACUUCCUCUUAUUCUGACUUUCCUGGUGCUGGUGCUGAUGGCUUGCCUGGCACAGAAUAAGAUGGUUAAACAGAAGCUGUGUCAAGACAUCCCCGACCCUUCCAAUAGCACCUUGGUCCACUGGAUGCCAAAAAGCACUUUGGAGGGCAUGAGGCAUCCUCCAUUGGCCGAGCAGACCGAAACCAAAUACUCUGACGUUAUUUUGCUUGGUGAAAUAGAGCUGCUGAACGCCGACUCAGAUCAGGACAUCAGCUAUCAAAGAUGUCUCCAAACAUCUUCCUCUCAUCGCUACUGUCCGCUUCCAGUUUCAGGGGAUCAGACACCUCAAGAUACCAGCAAAUCUGAGAAGUGCUUCAGAAGUUUAAGCAGAGCAAAGAAGAGCUCCAACACUGAUCUCUCAUCCUGCCUUCCCAUCUACUCUAAUGACCUCAUCUCUCAGACAGUCAAAUGUCCCCCUUCACCCCUCCCAUCCUGUUCCAACCUCCCAUCCAAUGCCUGGCAGCACAGCACUGUCAGUGUUAAUGACGUUAAAUUCCAGCAAGGUGGAGACAGUGAGCCGUCCGUGUCUCUGCAGGCCAGGAGCACCACCAGCUUUGACUCACCUCUUUCUCAAACAGAUGAACUCAAAACUUUCCGUCUUUUUCUGAAACAGCAUCAAAGCACUGUCUCCUCUCAUUCGUCGUGCAUCCUGCUUUCUCACCCAUCAGCUGAGGUCACAUCACCCCAACACCCUUAUUCUCAAAGCCUCUAUAACUUGUUACCGUCGCUACAGCCCAACACCUUUACUCAACUCAGUGAUACUUUCAAUCCAUCUUUUACACCUUUUCCUCACUCUGUUUUUGUGGAUUUCUCCUACUGUCCUGUGCAGUGUGAUCCUUACAUCUCCCUUCCUGUUUAAUUUCAUGCCAGGGAAAUAAAAGUCCAAAAACUUGUUUAACAGUGUCCCUAAAAAAGUAUGCACACCCCUUUUGACUUUUUAUUCUAACUUU